AUGGCACCUGCAUCCCAAUUCGAGCUGGCGCAACCGCCUAGCGACGCCAUCUCCUCGCUCUCGUAUGCGCCCGAGUCGCCCACCAGGCUUCUGGUGUCAUGCUGGGACAAGAAGAUCUACCUCUACGACACACACAGUGGAAUCGAAGAUGCGCCAGGCGUACUUAUCAAAGCCAUUGAGUUCCGGGCGCCCGUCCUCGACGUAACGUUUGGCGCCACAGACAACGAGGCCUACGCGGCGUGUUUAGAUCACUGCGUCUACAAGAUCGACCUCGAGACAGAAGAGAAGCAAGUCGUUGCGCGGCACAGCGCACCUGCACGUUGUGUAGUCUACAGCCCGGAGCACUCUCUCCUCAUCUCCGCCUCCUGGGACCUCACCCUCCAGAUCCAUAACGCGAAGUCGCCUUCUGAUACGAACAUCAGCGUCCAGCUACCCGGGAAGCCCCACGCCCUGGCAGCCAGCCCCUCAAAGGUCGUCGUCGCCAUGACCGCGCGCCUCGUCAACAUCUACGACCUGUCCAACAUUCCCGCCCUCUUCGGAGAACCAGGCCCCCACGACAUCAAGCCCUGGCAGCAGCGCGAGUCGUCUCUCAAGUUCCUCACUCGCGCCAUCUCAUGCAUGCCCAACGACGCCGGCUACGCCACCAGCAGUAUCGAGGGUCGCGUCGCCGUUGAGUGGUUCGAGGACUCGGCGGAGUCUCAGGCUCGCAAGUACGCCUUCAAGUGCCAUCGCGCGGCUGCGCCUGAUGGCGAGGGUGAUAUCGUGUACCCGGUCAACGCCAUGACGUUCCACCCCGUCUACGGCACCUUUGCGUCUGGUGGCGGUGAUGGAACGGUCGCCUUGUGGGACGCCGAGGCCAAGCGCAGAAUGAAGCAGUACCAGAAGUUCCCCGAUAGCGUUGCGGCCCUAGCUUUCUCCAAGGAUGGCAAAUACCUUGCAGUUGGUGUCUGCCCGGGCUUCGAAACAGGCAUGGAGGACUACAGCGCUGAGGGCAAGGCCAGCGUCUUCAUCCGUGAGCUUGGCGAGACGGAAGCCAAGGGCAAGGGCGCGAAGUGA